CUCCAUAUUUAGGAGAUAAACUUUUUAACCGGUAACCAACAAACAACAUGGCUGAAUUAUGGAUAAAUAAACUUGUCUCAGCACAGAAAACAUGUCUUGUUCAAGACAGUAAGACAUAUAUACGGUUUUAUCUCAUAUAUUAAAUUAAAAAUAUUUACAGUAUUAUUUUUUAUUAGUAGUAGUAAUUUUAUAUAGCGCCGUACCCCAGCUUAGGGCUGGGCUCACCACACUGUACAUACUUACAUACAAUUUAACAACAUAUCUAAAUACUAAAUACCUUGUCUUAAUACUUAAUACAUAAUCAUGUUCAUGAACUUAAAAAUUAGCAUACAUUAAUUAAAUAAAACAAAAAAAAUGUAUAUUCACUCUCCAUUCCAUAACUAUUUUCAUGUCAAGCGAUGGAAGGCACCCAGAAACAUCAUUUAUCUGUCAGAGGGGGGAAUCAGUCAGGAUAGUAGAGUUUAAAAUAAGUUAGAUAUGUUUUGAGUGCAUUUUUGAAAUUAUUUAACAAUAAACAGAAAUAGAAGCAUCUGCUUCUAAACUAAUUAAUCAUUUUAAGGCCUAAUUAGUAUUAGAGCCCUGCCCCCUCCUUUUAUGAUAAUUGUACCUUGAUGUUUCCCCCUGUUCUAAUAUGGUCACCAUCUUUGUUAUCAUUUUGUCAUGUGUCAAAAACUCAUGUGGGUAAAUUACGCAAUCCACGCCACUUAUUUCCCAUGUCAGCCAUCUUGGUUGGCAGAUUGCCAUGACCCUCUAUAUAUGUGGCAAGAAGUGUCAAUGACCUGCGGUCACCCCCUUUCCUGGCAUUAUUUUGGCUGGUAUUAAUUUCGUGGCAAAUGUAGCAACUUUAUUGUAUUUCUCUAGCUCUGAGGCAAGAAGUGUCAACGAUCUGUGGUCACACCCUUCUCUCAACUUACACACGGUGCAAAUUUAACCUCAUUUUAAAUAUUAUAAUUAACCACCCAAUGAAAUAUUAAUUCACAACAUUCCAAAGGUUUAUUAAUAUUAAUACAAAAGAAGUUAACUCUAGGAACAAUCCAAGAGUAAACAAAAGGAAACUCACUCAUACCAGUGCAAAUGUUAGGCAUGCAUUGUUCUUAUAUAUAUAAAGAUAUAUUAUAUUAAGAACAAUGAAUACCUGACAUUUGUACUGGUAUGAGUGAGUUUCCAUUUAUAUAUAAAGAAAAAUAAAUAUUAUAUUUUAUUUAACUUUUUCUUCUGAAAUCUGAGCCAACUUCUAAACACAAUGUUGGCAGAAUGCACAAAAAACCAGUGUGGGCUGAUAAUUAUGUAGUUUUAUAUGUUUUUAAAAAAAUUAAGAAUUAAAAAAAAAUCAUUGGGUCAUUGAUUAAUUGCUCUGUGGUUCAUAUCCUGACACUUUCUUUGUAAGAAAAACAUUGAAAACAGAAAAGAUCUUUUCUUCCAUUUAGACCACAAAUUUAACAGUCAACGACAGAAGAUGGUUGGAAAUGAGUUUUUUAUAGAUCUACUGGAGUUUUUUAAAUUGAUUUAGUAUAGAGAAGCAGCCAAAAGACACAAGUGGCAUACCUCAACACACCAGUGGGAACAGCAUGACUGCAUUUUUGAACUUAUUUAUGGAUUAUUUAGCACAAACAUUGAGUGUCAUACAUAAACAAUUAGUAAUACAUUAAAAAUUAUUGUCAUUUAAAAAGUUUAAAAAAAAAUAAGUUAGCCAUGGCAUUUUAUAUUCUAUUACUAUUAUGUUUUAAAAGCUUAUCCAAAAUGUUCAUCUUAUUUGAUAUCCUCUAGACCAGGUGUUGGCAACCUUUUUGAGACGGAAGAGCCAAAAGUUACAAUUUACAAAAUUUACCAGUUUUUAAAGAGCCACUAACAUUUUUACUUAAUUAAUUUUAUAAUUAUUAAUAUUUGCGCAUGGAACAGGAGAGCCGCAUCUUGACAUCAAAAGAGCCGAAGGUUGCUGGCCCCUGCUCUAGACCAGUGUUUCCCAAUAUUUUCUAUACUCAGCACCCGCACUAAAUGUUUUAUUAAGUGUUGUGCCCCCUACUAACCGUUUUACUAAGUCUCACACCUCUACAAUGGUAACAAUGCAUUUAAAAUUUAAAAAAAAAUGGUAAUCUAAUUUUUUAAUUGAACUGCAAAGAGAACUGAGGAACUUAGAGAAUAAAAUUGUGCCUUAUUAUGCAAAGCAAAAUGUUAAUGAAGAAUAUUUUGAAAAUAUAGAAAGAUUUAUAUCAUACUGAUAAAAAACUGGGAACAGCCAACUGCUAAGCCAACCAAAUUCAAUGUAGCACUUCUGGCACAUGAGCAUAAAAGAGAGGAAUUCAGUGCUACCUUAACAGAAUAAGUUCCAAGCACUGGAAGACCAAACAGAAGAUGACCAAGUAGAACAUAAAUAGCAAAAUAUAAAGAUGUCUAUAACAUCCACUUGCCAAGAAGUUUUAGGAUCAGUGAAGCAGAAACACAAAGACUGGCCCUCACUUAACACACUGCAAAAAAUAAAAGAGAGAAAAGAAAUGAAAAGUAUAGUUAACAGCAGCUGCACCAGGGCAGAGAAAACAAAAGCCCAAGAGAAAUAUAAAGAAGCAAACCAAAAGGUAAAAAAAACAGCAUAAAAAAAUAUAAAAAUCCUACAUAUAUGGCCCAGCAUCAACAGCAGAAACAGCCAGGAAGGGCAACUUGAAAGAGCUCUACAACAUAACAAGAAAGCUGUCAUGGAGAUACAAAAGGCCGGAGAGACCUGUCAAAGAUAGAGAAGGUAGAUCAAUAACAGAAAGGAAAGAGCAACAAAAAGAUGGGUGGAAUACUUUAAGGAACUAUUAAACACACCCCCACACACAGACGCACCAGACUUACAACCAGCAAAUGAAGACUUACAAAUAUAAGAAAGUGCACAGAUAAGGAAGAAAUAGCUCGCACCCUCAAGCAGCUCAAAAUAGGGAAAGCACCCGGAGAUGAUGAGAGCUGAUAUAGCUACAAUAGUCAACAGGCUGCACCCUCUGUUUUAAAAGACAUGGGAAGAAGAGAGAGUUCCAAAAGAUUGGAAAGAAGGAUACCUCAUCAAGAUACCAAAGAAAGGGGAUCUCAGCAAUUGUGCAAAUUACAGAGGAAUCACACUGCCGUCUGUACCAGGAAAGGUCUUUAACAGAAUUAUUUUGAACAGAAUGAGAGACCAGGUCGACAUGCAGCUACGAGAUCAACAGGCUGGCUUCCGCCAAAACCGAUCAUGCACAGAUCAAAUUGCAACACUAAGAAUCAUUGUAGAACUGUCCAUCAAAUAUUACUCCCCCAUAGAUAAAUUUUAUAGACUACGAAAAGGCCUUUGAUAGCCUGGACCGACAAACCUUGUGGCAACUUCUUCGGCACAUUUUCGAGUACCAGGGAAACUAGUCAGGAUCAUUCAGAGCUCUUAUGAAGAAAUGAUAUGCAGGGUGGUCCAUGAAGGUAAACUCACAGAUUCCUUUACAGUCAAAACAGGAGUCAGACAAGGAUGCCUCUUGUCCCCAUUUCUAUUCAUCCUUGCCAUUGACUGGAUAAUGAAAAAAUCCACAGACAAAAAGAGGAAUGGGAUACAGUGGACACUCUGGGGACAACUGAAUGAUUUAGACUUUGCAGAUGACAUUACACUUCUGUCUCAUAACCAACAACAAAUGCAGGAAAAGACAAAAGACGCAGCCACCAUUACAGCACAGCUCGGAUUCAAUAUAAAUAAAAGCAAGACAAAAAUCAUGAAAGUAAACUCAUCCAACCAAGAGCAUAUUUGUCUGGCAGGAAAAGCACUGGAAGAAGUGGAGUCUUUCAAUUACAUAGGCAGCACCCUAGACACAAAUGGCGAAUCCGAUGCGGACAUAAGAGCCAGAAUUGGAAAAGCUAGAUCAGCAUUUGUGCUAUUAAAGAAAAUAUGGGAGUCGAAGGAGCUGAAACUGCAAACCAAAGUCAGAAUCUUUAAUACAAAUGUCAAAACAGUCCUACUAUAUGGUGCAGAAACUUGGAAAACAACAGUGAGCCUUGCGCAGAAAGUGCAAACACAUCCCUUAGAAAGAUCCUGAAAAUCAAAUGGCCAAAUACUAUCACCAACAAAGAUCUACUAGAAAGGACAUACCAGGUGCCCAUUGAUGAAGAUAUCAUAAAGAAAAGAUGGAGGUGGAUAGGGCACACGCUCCGAAAACCCCCAGAUAGCACCACCAAACAAUGCCUAUCAUGGAACCCACAGGGAAAAAGAAAGAGAGAAAGGCCUAAAAUACAUGGAGACGCAAGCUAGACGCAGACACACAAAAUAUGGGAUACACCUGGAAGCAUUUGGAAAGGAAAGGAUGAGUUGAAAAUUCUUGUAGACGGCCUAUGCCCCAGACGGGGUAGAAAGGCAUAAGUAAGUAAAUAUAUCAUAACUUAAAAUCUAAUGUCUCCUCAGUUCUUAUAAUAAUAUUUCCUCAGAUCCUCUUAAAUGUCACCUUGUACCCCAUUUGGGCGCUAUACCAGGUUGGAAAACCUCGUUAUUGACUAUAAAAUAUAUACUGAUUGUGAAGAACACUAGUUAACCAGACCUCUUAAAAUAUUGGGCUCAAUUUUUACAGUAUAAGUAGUGUAACUGGAAUGAAGAUAAAUGGAGAUCCAUUUUUUAAUGGAGAUCAUGGCUAUAAAAAUACAAGACUAGUGGAGUAACACACUUUGAUUUUAUAAUUAAAUAGUUUAUUUAAAUAGUUUAUUUAUUCCAUUUCAUUUAUCUUUACUUUAGACAAACGUAAAAUUCACUUUACAUUCUCUGAUGGGACAGAACUUGUGGAAGAGUAUGACAUAAAAUCUGAUGAACUUCUAGGUGUGUAUUUUCAUAUGAAGAAUCUUUAAGAAUUCUUUUAUAAGUCAUAACGGUCACCCUAAAUUUCUUUUCUGUAAUAUGUGACUUAGUUUUUGUUGUUCACUUUUAAACAAAAAUAUUUAAAGUUAUGAAAUUAGUAAAUUUAAUAUCUUCUGCUUAUAUUUUGUAAUAAUACUGACAUUUAAAAAAGCAAAACAAAAACAAAGUAGGCUAACAUACAACAAAAUUUAGAAUGAGAAAACUGCAUAAUUCUUUAUUUGGAAAAAGUAAACUCAUGUCACUACCAAGGAAAUUCCAAUGCAUAAUCAACUUGAUGCAGUCCCCCCCUCCCCCCUUUUUUCAUACACACACACACACACACACAUUUUUUUGCUCAACAUUUUUUUGACCUAAAGUUUGAUGUGAUAUUGUUUUCUUUCAAUGCUUAAUUAUUAUCAUUUUAAAAGAAUAUUUUAACUUACAGUGAGAAAAUGGAAAAAGAAAAGCACACUGGGAGGUGUAGGGAAAUGGGAAAUUGAAGUUGGAGAGCAGCCAUCUCAAUUUAAUCUUGAGAUUGAUGGUUUGGCAGAAAGCACAGCUAAUGUAGGUGGAGCUAGAGAUAAACAUAUGAUUAGAAAUAAAAUGUUCUGACUUUUGUUAAAAAGGUUACAUUUUCAUGUUGUACAUUACUCAUUCAUGUAUUUUGAAAUGACCUGACAAUUUUUCAAAAUUAGAAGAAUAAUUGUAUUCCCAAUAGUGAGAAGGCAAGAUGUUCUUAUUGCUUUAAAUUACAUUUUUAUGAUGUUUAUUACUCAUCCGUGUAUUUUUAAAUGAACGGCCAAUUUAAUAGUGAAGAAAAAUUAUUAUUUUCAAAAUAGUGAGAUAACAAAAGCUUCUUACUUAUUGCUUAAAAUUACAUGUAAAUCUUUACUAAGUAGCAUGCUGAUCUUUCCUUUAAAGCUGGUUUUAUCUAUUUCUUGUCACACUUUCCAGCCAUGUCAUAUUUGUCAUUCUAAAUUUUUUUUGUAUCAUGCACAGUCAUAUUUAAUUCUAAUGGUGAAAACAUUAUUUGGUUCAUUUUUCAGCCAGUGUUUGUACGUAAAGAUACAAAAACUAACUUCCAGUGGAGAAUUCGGAACCUCCCUUAUCCCUUGGACAAUUACAAAGUUACAGCAAAACCAGACCAGGGCAAAGUUGUUAUAUCAACUGUAAAUAAAAAGUAAAUUUGCUGUUUGUGUCAUUAUUAUUAGCUAAUUUUAGAUAAAGGUAAAAAAGAAAAAUGCAAAUUCGUUUUGUUUUAGAGAUUAAUUACCGCUGGUCAAUCUUAGUGUUUCCCGACCUUCUCUGUACUAUGCUAUGCACCACCUAUGAAUUAUUUGAACAGUCUCACUCCCUCUACAAAUUGUUUCACUUAAUCUUUCAACGCCUCAAACGUAAUAAUGCAUUUUAAAAUAAUUGACUUCUUAUUUAUUCACUGAAUUGCAAAUAUACUUAGUUAAUGGAAAGAAAUAAGAAAAUUUUAAGAACAACUAAACAUUUAUUUCAUAACUUAAAAGCUAAUACCUCCUCUGUACUUAUAAUCUAAUUUCCUUGCACCCCCUGAAAUGCCACCUCGCACCCUCUGGGUACGAACAUACCUUAAUUAUUUAAAGAUAUUUUAUACCAAUAAAUAAUUUUUUUUCAUACAUCACCAUAAGCAAUGAGAAUAAUAAAGAGGGUGCAUUGAAUUAUUCACGUUUCCUCAUUUGUUGUAAGAUGAUAAAAAAUUAAUUAUUGAUAUAAACAUAAUGGAAAUUAUGUUUUAUGUUUAUAGCAAUAUCAAUAAUUAAUUUUUUUGAUAAACUACAUUUUUAUCAUUUCUUAGGUAUUAUAAAACAUUUGAAAUUCCUGAUCUUGCAAGAUGUGGACUUCCAUUAGAGCAAGAGCCACUUGAAAUAGCUCAUGCAAACAGCACUCUAUUAAUUUCUGUGAGUAAUUUAUAUACAGCCUUAUAUUUUAAGUUACAAUUGUAGCAUAAUUAAAUGUGUUUCCCAUUUCAAUGGUUUUUAUAUCUUAUAUUUGAUGAUGUUUUUUCUUGCAUUAAUCUAUAGCUUACUUAAGUCUCACGGACUGGAUAGGUUAAAAAGUCUGAUCAGUUCAAUAAACACCUAUGCAAAAUUGAUUGAGAGCUAAGACCAGUCUUGUCACACUUUAACAAAAUUGACCACCAAAGUGCCUUUAAUGUGUCUCACAUUAGAGAAUCAUCUUACCCUCAGUAAAGGCUGUUUCACUAAAUUCUCUGAACCAAAUGUGGAGCUAUUAUUUUUUUUUAUGCCAUCCUAUUUCUCCCAGUUUCUAUAAAUACCCAUCCAACAAGAACUUAUGCUAGCAAUGAUCCACACCUCAAUUUUAUUUUCUAAGCAAUAUAAUAAAAUGAAAAAAAUCAUUUAAUUAUAACAUUAUGGUUAUCCGUAUUAAGUUAUAAUGAGGUGUGCUUUGGAAAUGAACUUAAUUUUCAUAUUGCUUCCCUCUGAGACUAUUAUGGUUUGCAUUUUUUUUCCUUCUAAAUAUAGUACAAAAAGCCUCCAGCCUUUUUGGCAGUGGAAAAAAAGCUUCAGCAAGAAUUUAAGAAACUGAAAGCUUCCAAAGAUGGUGAUGUAGAUUGUGCUCCAAGCUAAUGAUUUUGUAAAAUAUUUUCACUUUUGCAAGUGUGAAUGUUGCAGAUUUUUGGGUCAUGCGUGUAAGCUUAGAUUACUAGUAAAAAUAAUUCAUUUUUAGUAUAACUGAUUCAUCAUUAUUUUCAUGCUUUUUUAAAAUACUGUUAUUGCAUUUUCUUUAAUAAUUUAAAUUUAUAAUCCACAAUGUUCUUUCUUCAAGCUUUGAAUUGACUUUAGAUAAAUAAUUGUUAUUUCUAUAUGUUGGCAAAAUAAAUCUAUGUUUUUUUGCAUUCAAA